GGUUUUUUGACAAAUGACAAAAUGUUUUUUUUGCAUUGAUGCGUUCAUUUUACAAUUUUCAUAAUCUAAAAUGAUAUAGCGUAGAUUUUAUGUAAUCAAUUGUAAUUUACUGUCGUAUUAUUAAACAGGCAUAAGAUAAUAAUAUAAAACGCAACUUUAACUUUUACUGAUUACUGCAAAAUGGACCGUGAAGACGGUGAAAUGAGUGAUGAUGAGCCCAUGGCUAUUGAUGAUGAUAAAAAGACUAUAACCGUGCCAGAUACGGAACUAACAGUGCUUUAUAAAGCAGAGAAGGAAGGAAUUAUUGCUCAAACACUUGGGAAAGUAGAUGCGGCCAAGUUAGAUGAGAGAGCUAAAAGGUUUGGUCUGAAUCUCAGUGGCAAUAGAGUUGUGACCCAGAAGCAAAUAGAUGAGCUGUAUGUAAACUUCGGCAUUGAAAGUGGAAAUGAAAGGCACUUCCGUUUUGACACUCUGCAUUUAAGUGGUGUGGAUGGUCUCACAACUAAAGAAAUCUUUGAAUACUUAGAAGACUACAAACCAGUUUCUCUGGAAUGGAUUGAUGGGAUAUCUUGUAAUGUGGUUUGCCAAGAUCACAUAUCUGUUGCUCUGGCCCUAUUGGUUCACUCACGGGAGAUCAGCAAUGUUGAGGUAAAGGAAAUGAUAUCUCAAAAAUCUAGUUACCAUUGGAGAGAAGGUAUGCCACAUGAGAAAAAGGAUUUCAUACUUAUGAGGUUUGCUACAAAGAGUGAUAAGAAGGAUACUUCUACUAAAGUUAAACCAGACUCUUCCCGGGAACCAAAAAACUAUGACCAGAGUAUGGAUCCCAUAGGCAAAAAUCCUUGGGGAGACUUAUGCCAAUCCUGGGGGGUGUAUGACCACCAAGAAAUUUUAAGUCGCAAAUUACCAGCUGAUGAUGAAGAUGAAUUUGAGAAACCUAGUAAACCAGUACAAAUUAAAAAUAGUAAUUUAGCUAAACGGCUUGGUAAGAGAGCCUGUAAAUCUGAGGACAGUGACAGUGAUAGCUCUGACACUGAGUGGACUAAGAGACAGAAGGUACCCAGGAUGCGGAUGCAUGCUGAUGAUGAAGAAACUAAAUCAAAAAAGAAGAAGAGACCAAUAUCACCAGAAUGUGUGGUGAAGCAAGAAUCAUUUGCUCCAUUAUCCAUUGAAGUGGCCAACACUGAUUCUUACUAUUCUCAGAAGGAAAUAACAAUAUUAUCUGAGAAAUUUAAAAAACACGAAAAAAGAAAUUCAAGUAAAGCAAAAGAUGGAGUUCACUCUCGACUUGGUGCCAGGGUGGCUGAUGCUGACGAAGGAUGGUCCAGUGAUGGCUCCUCAGGGUCAGAUCACAAUGUGAUGAGCAGAGUACAAAAGAUUAACAAAAACAGUAAUUCUAAUGUGUGGAUGAGGUUGGACAACAAAAGUGAAGAUAAAAAUCAAAAUGACUUAAGACAAAUGCUGAAAUCAAAGAAGUCCAUACAACCAAAUCGAAAAAAUCCAUCAAGUGAUUUAAGAGAAAGAAUUAAAUCAAAGGAAGGGAUUUCCUUACGAGUUGAAAUAGAUAAUGAGUAUCAUCAUAAUAGAAGUGACUAGCUAAUUGUAUUUUAUAAGUUUACACUGCCUUUUGUGUUAAACUAAGAUUAAAUGAACUUUAUAUUUUAAAUCAAUAAAACCAUUUCUUUUACAACUA